CUUUUACUAUUAAAGGCAAGCACCGGAAAUGUGAGUUGACGCUAAUGGGAGCUUAACGGCUGUUCCUGCUUGAAGCAGGUCAGCUGGUUUGUUUAGUUUACUGCUUCAGUUAGCAAGCUGUUAGAGCCUCGAUAGCCCGUUAGGAGUGUUUUUAUCCAAACUUUGGAAUAUAUUUAGCAAGGAAGCAGCUCAUGGUAGCUCUGCGGCGAGGCUCUUGCAUUGAUCCAGCGAGCUAGAGAUCCACAUGACCAGUUGGAGCAUCCUGCUAGCCUAGCAGCUAAAUUAGAUACAUACACUGGGAAGAAGUAAGGUGAGGACCAGUGUCAUCAGCCAUGGCAGGUGGAAUUACAGAGAGCGGGGAACCCUACUCCCCAUUUGUGGGGCUGGUGUACAUGUUUAACCUGAUUGUGGGGACAGGAGCUCUGACGAUGCCCCGAGCCUUCGCCACCGCCGGCUGGGUGGUCAGCUUAUCACUCAUCGCCUUCUUAGGGUUUAUGAGCUACAUGACCACCACGUUUGUGAUCGAGGCGAUGGCGUCGGCCAACGCUCAGCUGCGCUGGAAGAGGAGAGAGCAGGAGGAGGUGGACGACAGCGACUCCACCUCCGACUACUCGGACGAUGACGUGAAUAUCCGUGGACGCUCGGAGCCCGAGACCAAACCCAUCCUGUCUGUCCAGAGAUCAGGAGGUCACGUCGAUCACUUCGACAUCGUGGAGCGGGUUGAGAUGGGUCAGAUGGCCUCCAUGUUCUUCAACAAAGUGGGCGUGAACAUGUUCUACAUCUGCAUCAUCGUGUAUCUGUAUGGAGACCUAGCUAUCUACGCAGCAGCUGUGCCUAUAUCACUAAUGGAAGUCGCCUGUGGAAAUCACUCCUGCAGCGCUGGGAGUGUGAAGUACAACGAGACAGACCCGUGCUGGGGUUCUGUCACCAGGAAAGACGCAUACCGGGUGUUUCUGAGCGUCUUCACUCUCCUGUUGGGGCCUUUCACCUUCUUCAACGCCCAGAAGACCAAAUAUCUUCAAAUUCUCACGUCACUCAUGCGCUGGAUUGCGUUCACCAUGAUGAUCAUCUUGGCUCUGAUCCGCAUCGGUAAAGGCACCGGAGAGGGCCGCCCGCCUGUCGCCUCCUUCUCCGGCGUGCCCAACCUGUUCGGCGUGUGCGUGUACUCCUUCAUGUGUCAGCACUCGCUGCCCUCGCUGGUGACACCCAUCUCCGACAAGAAGCGGGUGGGCUUCCUGGUGCUCUUCGACUACGUGCUGAUCCUGUGCUUCUACGUGCUCCUCUCCUUCACCGCCAUCUUCUGCUUCGACAGCGCGCUGUUGCACGACAUGUAUACGCUGAACUUCACGGACAACUGCAACGUGUUGGAUAUUCCCGUCUUGCGUUACUUCCUGGGCCUGUUCCCAGUUUUCACCAUCAGCACCAACUUCCCGAUCAUCGCCGUCACGCUCCGCAACAACUGGAAGACACUGUUUCACCGGGACGGCGGCACCUACCCGUGGGUGGUGGACCGCGUCGUCUUCCCCCUCAUCACCUUGGUUCCCCCGAUCGUUGUGGCAUUCUGCACCCACAACCUGGAGUCCCUGGUGGGCAUCACCGGAGCAUACGCCGGCACGGGGAUCCAGUACAUCGUCCCGGCUUUCCUCGUCUAUUACUCUCGCCGCCACUUGCAGCCCGUGGUUGGCCGAGACGCCGUCAACAAGCAUCGGUCUCCCUUCGGCCACGCCUUCUGGGUGUGGUUUGUGCUGCUGUGGGCCUUCUCCUGCCUCAUGUUCGUCACCGCCAACAUCAUCCUGACUGACACCAAGAAAUGAAAUUCCAAAAACUCUCCAAAAAUAAUAAAUAUAUAUCUAUUUGGCCAGUCUCUCUGUUCCGAGGCCUUACUUGCUGCUGGUUGGACAGUGUGCCUUUUUAUGGGACUUUUGUUGCGUAUUUUAAAUGUAAUUAAGAGUAAUUUAUCAACAUUUGUUGAAUGGGACCAAAUGUCAAAGUGUUUUUGUUCCAUCCAAACAGCUGGAACAGUGCAUGACAGCGAUGAAAAGGGAACUGAAGAGGGUCAUUUAUUAAACGGACGAUUCGUCAACAAACAUGAGGACGGUGUGAGUUUUUCACAAGGAUUUGCACAAACACAACUUCAUACACAGAAGUUCAGCGGGCUUUGAACAAAGAAGGUCACGCCAAGAGUUCGGAAAGUUACAAACAUUAUCAUAACCCUCAUUUCUGGAGUUCUGUAUUCUAAAAUCCCAAACUUUAGGGGAGGCAGGGAGGGAUCCUCUGCACCUUCAGGGCCGGAUGUUCCGAUAAAGACGUAUUAAAGCAAUCGGAGGAGCGGAGUAGUGACAAGAAGAAGAGCCUGUCACAUCCAGACUCGUGCUCUGUUGCUAAACUGCUCAGCGUCCACGUGGGCUGAUAAUGAAAUUGAAACAGAAACCAACAGAAGAAGACAAACGAACGGGUCGGGGACGAUCACUCUCUCACGGCUGACGUGUAUCCAUUCCUCAGCGGCGCCUGCCUUCCGACCUCCUCGUCCCCCUCGUGAACAAUGAACCUCGUCAGUGACAGAUCCGCUGACAGAUAGGCCUCCAGGAAGAGCUCCAUCUCUGUUUAUCACCAGUCGCUCGUGCCUGUAGUUCACACACAGGGCAUGUCUCCCCGUCUUUUACUGCUCAGCACCCGUUCACGACUCUGUCAGCCUCGUACUGUAUCUAUCACGCAGCCCAACGCCUGACAGCGUAACGGUGAUGUACAGUGCACCGUGGACGCCUUCAGUGGCCGAAUGUGACCACAACGCUUCACACACCGCCCAUUGUGCUGUAGUUUAGUCGUGCUGAGUUAACUGACACCUUGCUGCUUCCUGUGCCUUUGUUACUGCCCUUCAUCUGCUUCUUUUAUCAUUUUUAGAAUCCAUUAUUAUAAGUGACAUACUCCUUAAAAGGUUGGCACAAAAAAGCACAUUUUCCUACUUAAUAAGCCCUGUGGGUGACAAAAGUUUGUUUGUGAAACGGCAUUUAAAGCAGCUAAAAUGAACUUUUAACUGGUUAUUAAAAACUCUCAAUAUAACAUUGAUGCCUCUAUGUGACCUACAUGAAGAAGCAAGACCAUCAGCAAGAAGACUGGUUAUUUCUGUGUAAUUAAUGCCGGCCACGGGGCCAUCAGGUCUGAUGAAAUUAGACGAAAUCAUGCAGUUUUACAGAAAGUCCUGCAGUUGCUGCGGACAGACUCAGAUCUGUUUUUUCUAGCACCUUUGACUUGCACGGACACCAUGCAUCUGAAUGCACGGGCCGUUUUGCACGGCCCGCUGGAGGGGAAGGGAGGUACAGAAGAACCAAAACCAGGACUGAGCAGGGCAGACUGUCAGACCCUGCUGCAGUAAAAUGGGAGGUUUUCUAAAGGGAGUCUGGAGCUCAUGGAAACACUCGCUUUUGUCCACAGGUGCCACCAAACUCCACACACAAUAAAAGUUCAUUUAAGCUGCUUUAAAAAGUUAAUGUUUGAAAAAUGAAGCAACUUUUAGCAAAAAAAAAAAAAACAAUGUCCUCUGACGUUCCUCUGAAAUUUUCCUCUGUAAAUUAAUAAUUCCAGAGUGAACAAGAGAAUUGUUUCUGCAAAGAAAGCAAAAUUGUAUUAAUCUCCAGAAAACCAGAAAAGAUGUAUAUAUGCAGUCAUGGAAAAAAAUAUUAGAUCAUUGUUUUCUUCAAUAUCUCUUUCAUUUUAAUGCCUGGUACAAAAGGUAUAUUUGUUCGGACACAUAUAAUAACAAUCAAAAAUAGCUCAUACAAGUUUAAUUUAAGAGCUGAUAUCUAGACAUUUUCCAUGGUUUUCUUGAUAAUAACCAAAAUCAUUAUCAAUAAAACCAUGGAAAAUGUCUAGAUAUCGGCAAAACAAGGGUGGUCUAAUACUUUUUUCCAUGACUGUAUAUCUUAACAAAUAAAACCAACUAGAGCACUGUUUGAUUUUUAAAAAGAAUCCGGGUAGAAUGACCCUUAAGUUUUAGUGUUUAGUGUUUUAAGAGUAAACACAUAAACGCAUACUUAUCAUCAUACUUAACUGAUG